AUGAUCCAUGGUCCAUGUGGUACUCUUCAUCGUUCAUCGCCUUGCAUGGCAGAUGGAAAAAGUACUAAAAAUUUCCCUAAAGAUUUCACUAAUGAUACGAUAACAACUACCGACGGAUAUCCAAUAUAUUGUCGAAGAAGUCCGGAUAAUGGCGGAUACUCAUUUAAUAAAAAUAUCAACAACACAGACAUUGACAUUGACAAUAGUUGGGUGGUGCCGUAUUCACCUCUGCUAAGCAAGACAUACAAUGCUUAUUUAUUGAGUUUAAUUAAUAUUGAGUUUUCCCGUUCUGUGAAGAGCAUCAAAUAUAUUUGCAAGUAUGUCCAUAAAGGCAGUGAUAUGGCUGUGUUUAGAAUAGAAAAUACUAAUGUAAAUGCUCCUCCAAUAAAUAAAGACGAUGAAAUUACGCUCUACCAAAUUUGA